UUACCCAACAAAUACAACAAGAGAUUUGUGCGGUCCCGCGGACCGAAAAACCGCGCAAACACUGUAAACACUCGGCUCGGGCGCUGAACAGUGUGGGAUGAAAGCAAGUUCGUAAGAUUGACGACGAAGGGGCCUUCCGAGAACACGCAAGGAUUUCGUGCCCCACGAGUUGUGCGCGAUGGCCGUCACGUCGUUCGCCGAAGUGUCCACCGUGCGUGCGAAAGUGCAGCAGCAGAGUUGCGCGUCAUGACCGUGUGUAGCAGUGAGGAGCGUCCAGCAUGUCCCAUAGCGAUUAGUCGCCACCAGCGAGACGCGUAGGAGAGAGACUGGAUAGGAAACCGGUGAUCUAAAAUGGCGCUGUGCGAUGUUCGCGGCGUGCUUUGAUACGGGUGGCGGGAGCUGAUCAAGUUCCCUGGGGCCGCGGAGCGACUGAUGUGCUGCCGCUGCUAUGGCUGAACCGAGGCGCAUCAAGCUCGAGACAGCAGCGGCCCACCAAGCACCAGCCAAGCAAAAACGCGCCGAGGUGUGCCCAACAAGGCGGUUUCAGCUCUCGCUAGUGUCGAGUGGCCAGGAAGCGGACUCGUGCCCCGAGUACUCCUACAGUGACCUGUUGAAAUCCUCACGGCCUCCGGAUGCUGACAAGGAUGACCCGUUUGGAGAAAACGACGAUGACAAUGUGCGGGAAAUUGCGCGGAAGUUUGAGGAGAAAUAUGGAUCAAAACACGGGAAGAAGAGGCGCAAGGGCAGGGUCGCCUGGGAGGACUACGUUGACCGAGGAAUGGGCUACGACGAGACGGACCCUUUUAUUGAUAACGGAGAAGCGUACGACGAGCUGGUGCCCUCAACGUUGACGACAAAACACGGCGGUUUCUACAUCAACACGGGAGAGCUGGAGUUCCGGACACCGUCCGGCUCGGACUCCGAAGACUUCCAAGGAGAGGCUCGGCCGCGACAGGUCAAGAGGGGCCCCCGCGAGGGAGGCGCUCGGCGAGGGCCCAGGCCUCGCGGGCGGCCAAAGCUCAUUCGCGACCCUCUCGCCACUGCAAACAGCGGCAUCGCCGAGGCCAUCGAAUCCGUGGUCCGCGGGGGCGGCGCCACCGUGGUGGAAGAAGAGGUCGCGAGUAGCAGCAGCAGCAGUGGGGGUGCCAGCACCGGGGACGACCCCGUCGGCCCUAUCUUGUCCUCCGAAGUGCCGUGUCCACGCCUUCCCGACAACCUCCCCGUCGAACUGGAAAACGAGGUGCGGCGUCUCAAACGUGCCGCGGCGUUGCGCUCGACUGAGGGCAAGUGCAAGUUCUUCCGGGGCCACGUGAACCAGCUGCUGCUAAGCGUGGAACUGAGGGCGCGCGAGCUGGGGCCCGGACAGCGGCAGCUGGUGUAUGCGCACCUUGCCAACUUUCUGCCCUGCACCAAGGAGACGCUGCUCAAGCGGGCCAAGAAGCUACGCCUCGACCAAGAAGACGGGAGGCUUGGCGAGCCGCUGAGGAGACUGAAAGAGGCCCUGGACGCCGGGGAGGGCCUCGGCGACGGCCGCCUCCGCGAGGCCUUGUGUGAGGUUGUGCGAAUAAAACUGCGCUGCUACGAGCUCUCCAAGAUACGCACCCAGUCGGCAGAAGAGUACCUGCGUCGUUUUCUGGACACGGAAGUGUGCCCGCUGUGGCCCGCGAACAGUCCCGUGACUGCCAAGACCCUCUUCCGUGAGAGCCGGCAGAUCCACGGCCAUCUCACGUUAAACCCUCGCAAGGCGUCACACCUCCCUGGAACAGCACUCCGCAAGAUGUCUAGCCACAUUGACACUGGUAGAGAGAGCCCUGGUACACCGUCCAUGCCAUUGACCAUUUCCUCAUCACCAUCGGCAUCAGCCGCUCCCACAUCCUCUGUAUCAACGCCCACACCUGUCUCUACACCGCUCUCUGUCACGCCUGCCCCACCACCUCCAUCCUCCACACCGUCACCUGCACCAGCACCACCUGUAGUGUCAUCGCCAGCUCCCACAGCUACCUCUGUUCCCACUUCAGUCAUCCUGCAGUCACCUGGAAGGCCUCCGUCGGCCGAUGCGCGGCCGCCUCGCAGCAGUCCCCCAAAGCCCUUCCUCGCUUCGCAGAUGCUUGACCGCAUAAUUACCGCUAGCCUGGGCAACUUCCCCAGUUCGGGAAAUGAGGUGAGCGUCCCAACAACCAGCUCUCGCCACCUGGAGAGCAGCAGUGUUAAGCUGGAACCAGGAAGCUGCCCGCCCAAGGCCCAGACACCACAGCUUCCCCGAACAGUAGCGUCCAGCACAUCGCUGCGGCUGACUCCUUCGUACGGUUUCAUGGAGGCCUUCAAGCGCACUUUGGAGCAAGGAGAGCCACCCAGCAAUGCAGGGGGGCCCCCUUACUACAAGCCAGACCUCCUGGAAGGCAUGAAGGGCUUCCCUUACCCCGUGGGCUAUCUGCCCAGAACAUCGGCAGCAGCCUUGCCCCCGGAGCGGCCACGACCACACCUCAGUGUCGCCCAGCAGCCACAGCCGCAGCACUGGCGCCAACGGCCGUCCUACCCAUCUCCGUCGGCCAGCUAUCCGCCACCAUCGCGACCUUACCCUUUUCCGUCCCAAAGCCACCACGGGUCAAAAGGUGCCAGUCAGGGCCAAGGUCACGUCUCGUGAGAAGCUGCUGAAGCGAGUGGCACAUGUAUGGACGGCAUCAACUACAGAGAACAAGCUUUCACACCAUCACCGGCAGCAUCUAGCACUUCCAGAGAAGCCUCGUGUGCCCAACCUCUGCUGGGAGGUUUUGCAAACUGUGAUGGUGUCUUCCAGCACGCCUUCGCAGUUCCUUAGAAACUCUGUGUAAAUGUAUUGUGCAAGAAUACUCUUGCGUAACCAUGCCUUCUGUGCAACAGAGCUAGUGUUUCUGCGCGUGGGACAUGUCUAGGACCUCUAGGCCAGCUGCAUGCAGGCCUCUAGACUGCUGGGGAGUCAUUACAAGAAUUCUUAGCAUUAUGGAAAGCAAAAGAAUGUGUUUGAAGAGUCUUCAAGACAGAUUACAGCGAUUCCAUGGCAAAUUAUGCCCGCUUUAGUGCUUAACAUAUUUAAAUUACUGUGCAGAAUAACGGUGCCAGAAGGAGAUGAGAAUGGGGCGCAUGUGUUUUGUGCCAUGUCUAGUGUCCUGGUAAGCACCUACAGAGAUCUGUUUAGUGUUCUCAUAUUUGAAUGUAGCUGCUUUUUUCCUUAUUGUGCAGAAGCUAAAAGGAGCAUAAUGAAUUGUAUAGAAGUACGUCGAAAAUUUACGCACUUUCAUAGCACCUCAUCUGUUGUGAAGAAAAAAAUAUUGCAAGCCUUGUUUUAUAUAAAGUAUGCAUUGUAAAAUAAAAAUGAAGGAACGUGAAUGAAGCUUAUAAAACAAAA